AUGGAUGCAACAUGUUAUGAAUGUUUAUCAAAUUCGUAUAUAAACGCAACUACGACAUGUGAGAGUACAUUAUGUGACACUUCUACAAUUCAGGACGAGAAUGGAAGAUGUCUUACUCCAAUACCUUCAUGUGAAAUAUAUUUGAAUGGAUGGUGCAUUCAAUGUGAAGACAACAUGUUACUUAAUAAUGGUAAAUGUGGCGAUUCAGUAGCACAGAACUGUCUUAAAGUUGAUCCAUUAGGAAAGUGUAUUCGAUGUGAAGAAAAGUUUUAUUUGAAUGACAAGCAUGUCUGUGUUCCUUGUGAGAAUGGUUGUAUGACAUGUCACAACUCGACAUAUUGUCUUUCCUGUAAUUCGACGUUAUAUUUAACUUCUGGGGAGUGUAAAACACUUGAUUAUUUAAAAGGAAAAUGCGAGCAGUAUAUUCCAAAUGUAGGAGGGUGUCUAGUAUGCAACAAUAGUUAUUAUCCGAAGUACCCCGACUGUAUAUCUUGUGAUAUAAAGUGUUCCUUAUGUAACAAUGGUGAUAAUUGUAUAUCCUGUAACUCCACUAACUAUUUAUAUGCCUCAGAAUGUUAUCCACAGAGUCAAAUAAGAGGGUGUGCAGUGCAACCGACCACUUUAGGCUGUUCACAAUGUCCUGAUGGCUAUUUCUCGUACCAAAAUUCAUGUUCAAAGUGUAAUGAAAAUUGUAGUACUUGUUACUCCUUAAAAGAGUGUCUUUCAUGUUCUGAAGAUCACGACUUAAUAUCCGGAAAUUGUUAUUCAAAGAAACAAAUCCAGCACUGUACCUCUGUAAUCAAUUCCAAGUGCAUCAAAUGUUCUUUUUGGCACUCUCCAGAUGAUAAAGGACACUUUUGUGAAACUCAAGCUGAAGUGGAUAAACAAAAAGUGUUAUUUGAAGAGAGUCAAGACAAAGAUGGAAACAUUCCAGUGAACAAAGAAUCGAAAGAACUGUUGUGUAUUGGAUAUUCAAAUAAACAAUCCGUCAAAAUUAGAUAUGUAGCGAAAGAAACAGAUAAGUAUUUUAUUUCUUUAAACCCAACGGGAAUUACUUUAUUAAAUGGAUUUGCAUGUGAGUUUGAAAUUCUAAUUACCCCCAAAUGCUCAAGUACAAUAAAUGACAAAAUCAACUUUGUUGUGACUGACAUGAAGAAGGGAAUAGAUGACAUAAUUUCAGUGAAAAUUGAAUUCGAAACGACUAUCUCGACAUAUUUAGACUAUGAUGAGAUUCUUGAAGAAAAAAUAUUAGGCGAAGGUUCAUUUGGAAUUGUUUACAAAGGCAAAUAUCGAGGGUGUGAUGUUGCAAUCAAAAAGAUGAAACAAAUGAGUGACAUAGAUAAUGGUCUUACUGAAUUUGAGAAAGAAGUAUCUAUGUUAGAUAAAUUCCGGAGUGAUUAUAUUAUUCAUUUCUAUGGGGCGGUUAACAUAUUAAACAAGAUAUGUAUGGUUACUGAAUACGCACCUUUUGGAUCCCUUCAAGAUGUAAUGAAACAUAAAAAGAGUGAUGAAAUUGGGAUGAAACUACGAAUUAAAUUUUGUAUGGACACAUCUCAAGGAAUAAGCUAUUUACACGAGAAUGGUAUUUUACAUCGAGAUAUCAAGCCAGACAAUAUAUUAGUGUUUACAUUAAAAAUGAAUGAAGGAUCCCAAGUAAACGGCAAAAUAACAGACUUUGGAAGUUCGAGAAAUGUAAAUAUGAUGAUGACUAAUAUGACAUUCACAGCAUGUAUUGGGACACCAAGUUACAUGGCACCAGAAGUGUUAAAUUCAGGGAAUUAUAAAAAGCCCGCAGAUGUAUAUUCGUUUGCUAUUACUAUGUAUGAAUGCUUUGGAUGGUCGUAUGCUUUUUCUAAAGAGAAGUUCAAGUUUCCUUGGAAAAUAGUCGACUUUGUGUCGAAAGGUAAUUACCUUGAGAAACCAGAGAAGACUCCACAAGCGUUGUAUGAGAUAAUACAAAAGUCGUGGAACUAUAUACCACAAAAUAGAAUUGAAAUUAAUGAAAUUUAUCGACUAUUGGAAAGUCAAUUUAAACAAAUGAAUUGA